AUGGCUGACGUACACCCCGAGCGCAAAGAGCGCAAUGCCUAUCUUUCAUCCGGACGAGUGAAAGAGACCACUUUCCGAGAAUGGGUUGUGGCCAACCAGAUUGGAAUCUCCAUGACCACCCUGGCUAUGUUGCUGGCUCUUCAUAACCUCUACCCGUCUCUGCGUCCUUACACCGCUCCCUUCUUCCAAUUGUCCUAUUACAAUGAAUCCACGGAUUCCUACGUCCAAGGCUGGGAUGAUAUCUACUUUGUCUUUAGCGCCGCUGUCGCCCUCACCGGUAUUCGUGCCAUUGCAAUUGAAUGGGUGAUGCAGCCAAUUGCCCGGGCCUCGGGCCUGAAGCGCAAGAACGCAGUCCGCAUCGCCGAGCAGGGCUGGAUGGCCAUGUACUAUGGAUUCAUCUGGGUGGUUGGAUUGUACCUUUGGAAGACCUCAUACUACUGGGGGGAUUUUGCGGCGAUGUGGUCCCAAUGGCCUGCUCGUCCUUUGUCUGGUAUGAUGAAGUGGUAUCUUCUUGUCGAGCUGGCAUUUUUGAUGCAGCAGAUCUUUGUGAUCCAUGUGGAAGAACGCCGCAAAGACCACGUCCAGAUGCUGUCUCAUCAUAUCAUCACUAGUGCGCUUCUAGGCUCGGCCUACAUCUAUGCCAUGUACAACGUUUCCAACGUUGUCCUGUGUCUCAUGGAUAUUGUGGAUGUUUUGCUCCCGACUGCCAAAAUCCUCAAGUAUCUCAAAUACGAGACAGCCUGCAACAUCGGCUUUGGCUUGUUCAUGAGCACCUGGUUCCUGACCCGCCACCUGAUCUACCCUGUGGUGUGUUGGUCAGUGUAUCAUCAGCUACCCCUCAAUCUCACCUACGGAUGCUACACCGGCGCCACCAGCGAGUUCAUCUCGGCCGAGCCCCCUAACGCCUUUGCGUACAUGCUCGGUCCCUACUUCAGCCUAGACAAUCCCAUCUGCUUCAACCCCACCCUCAAGUGGAUGUUCCUGGGUCUCCUGCUGAUCAUCGAGGGAUUGUCUAUCUUGUGGUUCAGCAUGAUCGUCCGCGUCGCUUACGGAGUGGUCUGCGGCGGUAACGCCGAGGACUCCCGCAGUGACGAAGAGGACGAGGCUGAGGUUGAGGAUCAACCUGCCCACAGCUCGGUGCACCUGGCCGCCAAAGACGGUGUCACGGUUGAGACGAUUGAAGGCGAGGCCCCUCCCGGCCUCGACCGUCGGCGGUCUAACGGAACAGCCUCCGUUCGUGCCCGGGGCCGUGGACGCGUGCCUUUCGACCAGAGCGACCGGAAAGCUCUUCUCGGCCGCAUUGGUUGCGAAAAGCCGACGUAA